AUAUAAACAGACGUUUCUCCUUUCGGGAGCAAGAAGCCGACGACGAUGUUUUGUCUCAACAGUGUCACAGCUCUUGUUUUUCUCGGAGUGUGUUCGGGGCAGGCGCCGUCCACAGGAACAGGCGGCAGUAAUGACCUGCUUGUAUUCACCCAAACUGCUAUGGUGCACAUCGACGUAACGACCGGUCAGUCCACUAGUUUCCCCAAGCCGAGCAUCUUCAGCAUCAGCGCCGUGGACCACGAUCGUGUGGACAACAAACUGAUCGUCGUGGCGGUCUCUAGUGUGAUCUUUUCCUGCAACAUGGACGGCAGUAACAUCACCUACCUGCGUGAUUGGACUUCAAAUCCUUCGCCUUUCACAGACAGUCUGGCAGUUGCUAGUGAUGAGCGACUCGUGUUUUUCGGUGGAAGUGGCCGUCAGGUUGUCCGAAUGAGUGUCACUGGAGAACACGAGACUAGUCAACCGCCAGAACACGGUUCAAAGAAUGGCUGUCGAUCAUACCACAAGGAUGGUCUUCUGGUGUGAGCGAGGGAUGGACAAUAAUUUGUACAAGAUGGGGUUUGAUGGAGGACCUGUAGCGAUACACAAGGACCUCCGGUUCUUUGGGCCAAAACCGCGGGCCAUGGACUUUGUCAAUAACAGGAUGUUCACGGUAGAGUAUGAUGGUAUCUACGCUAUCGACCUGGCGCACUUCGACUACACGGUGAUCAACAGCAGGGGAAACCGUCGUGACCGGGACUAUGACAUCGUGUAUGACCCAAGGAGACAGCGAGUGUUUUACUCCUUUGGCAACAUCCAGAGAGUCAGGAUGAUGACUCCCACCGGCGAGCAGGAUGCCACCGUUGGACCUGACCUUGGAAGCGGCAAGAAGGUGCUUCUCGUGCUGUAGGCGAUGUUCAUCCACACGCUGUUAACUGACACUGUAAUCUCAACAUAUAAUGGGAAAAUAAACUAGAUUACCAUGCAAAGACGUGUAUUUAUAUUUGUUGGGAAGAUUGAGUGAAUGCUAUUAAACAAAAGUAACACUAUAUGAUUCUCUCUGGAACCAGUGUUAAUUAAUCAAGCGGUGUGUGCACUCAAGAUACUAAGCCACCGUACAUUCUGGAUAGAGGACUGACUUCUGGACGAGCAAACGCUUCGACUAUUAGGCUAUCCAAUUGCCCAUGAACCAGUCUUAGACCAUUGUAUUUUGCACAUAUUCUUCACAGUGCAUGGUGGUCCUAAGUGGACCUGGUCAACCUUGCAGCUUCCAUGGACUUCUGCUGGCCAAUAUACUGCUGAAACAUAUCACGUUGAGAUGUUGUUCCAAUUUCACGUAAUUUGCAAGAAGCAUGGCAUAAACUAAUGUCCCAAAAGAAACGAUACCAAACAUUUUUUCAAUAUAUGUUUUAAUUAAGUAUUCUUUUUUGUAUGAAAACUUGAGCGUUUCCCGUGUUCCAAACCAAACGUAUUCGAUCGAAAAAUCCGGGAACAUUUGAUCAGUUGAGAAAAAACCCGCACAUUUUGCAAAAAUGAUGUUACGUCCCGUAGCGAAAUGCAACUCCAGUUCAACUUACAAAACUGCUGACUCGACACGUUGAGAUCACUGCAACGAACAGCACACAAAACAAAUUCCAUGUUUGGCAGCGAUUUAGAGGGAUAGAGUGCCGUUGGAAUGGUCCAUCAGGGAGCAACGCACACCGACGUCGCCAGAAAGUUCGGAUGCGCGCUCAUAACCUUCACCAGGUCAAUGCAGCGGUUUGCUCAAACAAGUUGGACAAGAGACAGGCCGAGAAGCGGGAGACCACGGGUGAAGACCGUCACAUCCGGGUACUUCAACUCCGGAACCGCUUCAUCGCGGCAAGGGCGGCAACUGGACAGUGAUGAGUCGACAAACUGUGUACAGGCCAUUGCAGGCACGUCGCCCCUAAAGCGAAGCGUUCCUGACACCACAACAGCGAGCCAACAGAUUGGUGUGGGCAGGGGACUUCGACGUGCCGAGACUGGGCACGGGUCAUGUUUUCCGACGAGAGCAGAUUGUGCAUCUUCAGGAACGAUGGUCGGCAGCGUGUGUACUGACGAGUUGGUGAACGUUAGGCACAGAACUGCAUUCAUCAAGUCCGGCCAUACAAUGGUUUGGGGUGAAAUACACGGUGACGCCAAAACGAGGAAACCCGAAUGCACAGCGUUAUCCAGAUGAAACUUUACAACCAGUUGUUCAGCCAAUCAUCCAACAACAGCCUCGUGGAAUCAUUUUCCAACACGAUAAUGCAAGGCCACAUACGGCAAGGCUGACUCAGAACUUCCUCGCCAACGCCAACAUUUAAGUUUUACCAUGGCAUAUUCACCGGAUAUGAAACCCGUAGACGUGUACUGGCGUGUAUUGGUGUACAUUGACGCUCACGAUAAACAUACCCUGUAAUAACGUGAAUUGGAGACGUCUGUUGUGACAUAUUCCACACUUGCCUAGUCAUGUGUGUUCGAAUGAAAUUUUCAUUUUGAACCCCUCACGUCUUUACAAGCCUGUCCUAAUGAUUGUAAAGGAUUAAUUGAAAUGAAUUCUUGUACACGUGUUAUUGAAACGAUUCUCAAAUGAAAUAUGCUAAUC